UGCCAUAUCCUAAGUGAGCAGUUGAGCUGUGGCCAUCUAGAAGAAAGGUUCGAGCUUAAUGAACCUUCCUUUUUGCUCUAAACAUCUUAUAUUUUUCAUCUGAAAAGAGGCAACUUCUUAGAUAAAUAAUUACCCACCUCAAGAACAAAGUUGAAUCAUGUUCCGGCUACUGACUUCUUGCUGGUCUAGGGUAAAGACAACUGAAGAGAAACGAAGACACAUAACCAUCAUUGUCGUUGGCUUGGACAACUCCGGUAAAACUGUCCUUGUAGAGACCUUCCAAAGACUAUUUCCCAGUAGGAUAAAAAAUUCUAUGAAACCGGAACCGACUACACUCCUGUUGGGUAAAUACGAAGUUUCCAUCUACGACCUAAAUGGAGACCUGAAGGGCCAAGAAGCAUGGCCAAACUACUAUGCACUGGCACAUGGACUUGUUUUUGUCCUGGAUUCCAGCGACUUAGGACGCAUGCAGGAAGUGAAGAUCAUCUUACCACAUCUGAUGUCUGAUAGAAGGCUGGCAGGGAAACCCAUCUUACUCCUGGCAAACAAACAAGACAAGAAGGAUGCCCUCUCACCUUGUGAUAUUAUAGAAUAUCUAUUCCUCAAAAGGCUAGUGAAUGAGAAUAAUUCCCUGUGCCGCGUGGAACCAUGUUCAGCCAUCAAAAAUCUCCGAAGGAAGAACCAUCAGUCAAUAACUGAAGGGCUGCGCUGGCUGGUAGCUGUCAUUGGGGAUAAAUAUGAUGAGCUGUAUAUUCGCCAACAACCACCCACCACUGGCAUUUCAACCUCCAGGAGCAUAAGAGGGUCUGGGGAAAGAUCCUCAUCAGACAGCUCUUCUGCUAGAACAAAAAUGUCCAAAGAGAGAAGACAACAUCUAUAUCUUGGCCAACGCCCAAUGGAAGCCAGACCCCUAAAGUCUAUCCUACAUAAAGAAGGUUUACGAUUAAGGCCUAAAAAGAAUAUAUCAGUAACCUUUGCUCUAGAUGAACCCAUGGAGGAAGGUGAAUGUUCUGGAGUAAAGAGAAACUGGAACACUGCUCAGAACCGACGGCGGAACAUCGAGCUUCGCUACAAUCGAAGUAAUGCAUUACCAAUUCCAGCUCAACAUGUUGAUGACAACUUUUUUAAAGAACCAAGGGCAAAAAGGAGAACAAGUAUCUGGGACAUAGAGAUGUUACCGGAAAAUCCCCGUGAAGAAGCCUUUGGAUCCUAUGACUAUUAAAGAGAAACAUCAAACAUCCAACUCUCAGCACAUGAGACCAUCCAUAGACCCAUCAGGACCACCCAGCUUUUAAGUUUUUAUGAUACCUCUACGGUCCUCCCUACAAUUCCAUCUAUUCUAACUUCACAUCUCUGAGAACCCCCACUGGCUCGUAAUCUGAAUCAUAGCCAUCAAGUUAAUCCUCUAUCUACUGAAAGGCUCAAGAAGUUAGGUGACAUCCACUGGAGAAUAAAGACCACCUUGGCAAAGAACAAAGACAUCUCUGUACUGAAUACAUCUUUCUCUACAGAUGCUCCUGAUCAAGCUUUUGGACAGUACGUUGUGGAUGACCAACUAAAACUGAGCCUUAGAAAUACAGGGUUAGUUUAGAACCACAUAUUUCUUAAGGUUCUUGGGUGGGAAGGGACUGGCAAAAAAUAAAUACAACCGUGCUGAGCAUUAUUUUCUACUGAAUCAUUUUCUUAUCCUUCCAAAAACAACUCAGGUUUUUUGGGUUUCUUCUUAUUCCUUUUUAUUUAUU